AUAUUAUGUGAACAAAAACUUUUAUUCUGGAUGCGAUUAAUUGUGAUUAAUCGUUUGACAGCACUUACAUAUAUAAGUAGUAUUCAUUUUAAAGUAGUUGCUCAGCCCAUCAACAACAAGUGCAUUUGCAAAUAAUAUCUUAAAAUAGUAAGGUAUCACCUGUGAACACUGUUGUUUCCUGUUGAAUAUCCCAUGUUGUUAUAGGUGCUGUUUUGAUGCCACUGCUCGGUAGUUAUUAUAUUAAAGAAUUAUUCGAUUAUUAAGUAAAGACAUGAAUAUCGGUGUACAGUAUCGGUCUGUACCUGCAUUGAUAACAAAACUAAGCAUCAAAUCAUGUGUCAUUCAUUUAAAACACAUUUCAAGCAAAGUUUGGGUUUUUAAAGGUGAUUAGUUAGUUUUUAUUAAUCAUAUCCCAUUGAGUUUGAUCUUUUGUUUUCUAAUACAAUUAUGUAUAAGUAUCAAUUAAGGAUUCAAAUACUACUUAGUGCCCACUUUGUAAUUAUAAAGUAUAUGAAUAUUAGUUUCUAAGUAUAUGAAUUGGCCUUAAAGACCUGUCAAACAUUGUACACAUUUGUUAAUAAUUAUUAUUAAGCUGUUGUGUUUAUCAAAUGUAUCAUUAAACCAGUGUCCCACGACGUUGCUUAUAGACAAUGGACGUGCAUAUUUUGUACGUGCAGGAUCACAUGUUUGUAAGAUGAUCCAGUUCUUUUGGUUUUUCUUUCCCUUUAAGCCGGGGGGUGUGUCUUAAAUCAACACUCAUCUACUGCUGCACACUGACAUCGUACAUCAUCCUUUGUACACUUCUGUUUCAGAGUAUCAAAUGCAGCUAAAAAUUGAUAAUGAAGGAGAAAUGGCUCUAUAUAGAAUACAUAAAUGUCUAGUUUGAGCCUUAUUGCACUGAUCGCAAUCCACGAAAGCACACAUUUCCACACGACCAUUAGAGGUCACACAUGCCCAUACAAAAAUAGCUUUAAGGGAAAAUAAAACGUUUGUCUUAAAGAAUAAAAAAAGUUUGUAAACAAUUAUAUAAAUAUAAAGUAAUACUUUAUUGGCUUUUUUAAUUUGAAUGUGACUGAAAUGCUGUCUAGGUAGUCAUCUCAUUAUGUGUUUUGGGAUGAUGGAUACGAUUGACAUUAGUUGCCACGGUGCGUCACUCAUCAUCAACUUCACUGAUUCUCUCUCUUUUGCUCUGUGAGUCAUCUUCUGAUGGCUACAGAAUGAGAAGGCCAAGUCUGCAUAACACUUUACAAGCCCAUUAGAAAGAGAACUAUUGUUUGCCUGAAUGACGAAACCAUCUCCCAGUGUCCUCAGUGCCCUGGAUGCAGUCCAGUGUUUGCUGAAUGAAUGGCCAUAUGUUUGCACCAAAGAUGUGUGUUAAAGAGUUUUUGUCCUGAUGUAUGGGGAUGUAUUCUAGGGCAGUGGUUCCCAACCACGUUCCUGGAGGCCUCCCCAACAUCGCAGGUUUUCCAUGUCUCCUUAAACAAACACCUGAUUCAGAUCAUCAGCUCAUUUGUAGAGACACCAAGACUCUGAAAUGGUUGAGUCAGACAAAGGAGAGAUGCAAAAUGUGCAGUGUUGGGGGCCUCCAGGAACGAGGCUGGGAAUAUGUUCUAAGGGGAUAUGAUAGAAUGUAUAUUAUAUAAAUCGUGAAAUAGUUGAUGAUUAUCCAGACAAAAUUAGAUUAGAUGCAUUAGAGUAGAGAACACCUAUAGGAUCAUUGAAAAUCACUUUACAUAAUCAUUUAUAUAAUUACAGAAUCCUCUGAAGAUCUUACACUGCCAGUCAAAAAAAAUGGAAUAAUUCAGAUUUCUUAAAGUCUCUUCUGGUUCCCAAGGUUGCAUUUAUUUGAUCUCAAAUACAGUAAAAACUGUUAUAUUGUAAAAUAUGAUUAAAAAAAUACAAAUCUUAAUAAUUUCUUAAAAUGCAAUGUAUUCUUGUUCUAAAGCGAAAGUGAAAGCAACUGCAACUGCAAAGCAAGACUGGAGGAAUGAUGCUGAAAAUUCAACUUUGCAUCACAGAAAUAAAUUACAUAUAUUAAAAUUGUAAUAAAAAUUUUUGUCUGCUCCCACUAUCCUUGGGAAAAUUCCGAUAUUGUUUUCCUGUCUUAUUCAAUUAUAGACUAAAAAGAACAUUUUGCCAAGAUGUAUAAAGUUACGUUGAACGUGUGAACUGUAACAGCGAUCAUGAUACCUCUUCUAGCAGUGUUUGUCUUUGGCACUGCCCUGGAUGCCUGCUGUGAGAAAAAUGUCAAGACUUGAUCAAUGUUGUGUUAGCACUUGGGUUGCGAUUCCUUUCUGUCUUGACAGAUAACUUGAUUUCAUUCUCAUCUGGUUAUUUAGAUAGAGAGGAUGUCAGUGUGUUUUGGAUCUAAAGUCUCAACCACCUGUGGUAGAGGGGAAAGGUCAUGGAAACCGACCGCUGGGAACUUUUCACGAAGACCAUCAAUUCCUCCAGAAACAAUAAGUGAUUCAAAUAAGACGUGCCAGCUCAAGAAAGAUGAGAUGUAUGGACUCUUGGAGCUCUUCUUGCUCAAAUAGUUACUUUACCCCCAACAAGUAGCUCUAAGGAGUGUUCCUCAUUCCCUAUGUGUUGUUCAUAUUUCUGGGAGGCAUUCCGAUAUUCUUCCUGGAGAUUGCACUGGGUCAGUUUAUGAAGGCUGGGAGCAUCAAUGUGUGGAACAUUGCACCUCUUUUUAAAGGACUUGGCUUUGCCUCCAUGGUGAUUGUGUUCUUCUGUAACACAUACUACAUCAUGGUACUUGCCUGGGGUUUCUACUACUUGAUAAAGUCCUUCAAUUCCACACUGCCCUGGUCCACCUGCGACAACCCGUGGAACUCUGAAAACUGCAUCGAGAUCUUCCGCCACGACGACUGCCAGAACGGCACCAUUGGCAACUCAACAUUUGGAAACCUGACGUGCGAAGAGCUUGCUAAUGGGCGUUCCCCUAUCAUUGAAUUCUGGGAGAACAAGGUUCUGAACAUCUCUGAGGGACUGGAUGAGCCGGGCGUCAUUAACUGGGAACUGAUGCUGUGUCUUAUGGCCGUGUGGGUGAUGGUUUACUUCUGUGUGUGGAAGGGUGUGAAGUCAACAGGAAAGAUUGUGUAUUUCACUGCCACGUUCCCGUAUGUGGUCCUGAUUAUUCUCCUGGUGAGGGGCGUCACACUUCCUGGUGCUUAUGAUGGGAUCCUGUACUAUGUCAAACCUGAUUGGUCUAAGCUAGGAGAGGCACAGGUCUGGAUCGAUGCUGGUACUCAAAUCUUUUUCUCCUACGCUAUCGGGCUCGGAGCCCUCACGGCCCUCGGCAGCUAUAACCGAUUCAACAAUGACUGCUAUAAGGACGCGUUUGUUCUGGCUUUUAUUAAUAGUGGCACCAGUUUCUUUUCUGGUUUCGUGGUCUUCUCCAUCUUAGGCUUCAUGGCGUCUGAACAAGGUGUGGACAUCUCUAAAGUGGCUGAAUCAGGCCCCGGUUUGGCGUUCAUAGCGUACCCUAAAGCCGUGUCUCUGAUGCCCGUGGCUCCGGUGUGGGCUGCCCUAUUCUUCGUCAUGCUGCUGCUGCUGGGACUGGACAGUCAGUUUGUUGGUGUGGAGGGUUUCGUAACUGGCAUUCUUGAUCUUUUCCCUGGAAAGUAUUACAUGCGCUAUCAGCGUGAAAUUGCUGUGGCGAUCUGCUGUUUAUUAUGCUUCAUUAUAGAUCUCUCCAUGGUUACACAGGGAGGGAUGUACGUCUUCCAGCUUUUUGACUACUAUUCAGCCAGUGGAAUGACCCUUCUGUGGCAAGCAUUCUGGGAAUGCGUGGUUGUCGCGUGGGUUUAUGGUGCUGACAGGUUCAUGGAUGAUAUUGCCCGUAUGAUCGGUUACCGGCCAUUCCCGUGGAUGAAGUGGUGCUGGUCCUUUAUAACUCCAUGUGUUUGCAUGGGUAUCUUCCUAUUUCACCUGCUGAACUACAAGCCUCUGACCUACAACAAUGUGUAUGUGUACCCGUGGUGGGGAGAGGUGAUCGGAUGGUGUCUGGCUCUCUCCUCCAUGCUCUGUAUCCCCGUUAGCCUCGUGUACAAGCUCUCUGGAGCCAAGGGAACAUUCAGAGAGCGUUGGGAAAAUCUGACCAAACCAGUGUGGGGGGGCCAUCACCUCGAAUACAUGGCCCCUGACACUGACAUUAAAAGCCUGGCCUCUCUGUCUCCUGGAACGGAGGAGAACAAGGUGAUCAUUUUUGAGAGUGUUAUGUAGGACAAAGGGGAAUCCUAAGACAGCCAUCCUAAGCCAAGCUGGUUGAAGAAACCUUCAGUUUUUUUUUUUUUUUUUUGACAUUUGACGGAUUUCUGCAUCAUCUUAGUCUUAAAACAGCUGAUGGAAAUUGACGGUUACUUUUUGUUUCAUACUACAGAUCCUCUAGCAGAUGCUCUUCCUCUUCCACCUGUUGAAACUGCAAACUAUAUACAAGAUUUUUAAGAAAAAUUAUGUGCAAAGUAACUUGCAGAUAUCAAGAUUUGCAGGGCAAAAUCAGCAUGUCUUUGGAGGGGACAGUAUAGUGUAGCCUAUAACAUUAUUUCACAGAGCGGCAGAAUUCCCACAGGCCACUUUCCUGAACGUUUGCACUGACACGAGAAUCAAAUCUGAGCAAGAAGCACAUAGUUAAAAUGAAUCAUAAGGGGGAGAAUUUAUUUAUAAAUGCAUCCUUGAUUGGGCCCAAUAUGCAUAUACAUGCACGAUAAUCUGAAAUUCAUAAAAUCUCAUACAUAUAUAAAUUAAAACAAUGUACACUUCAAUAAACAGCGUUGCAUUUAACUGAUCAGCAAACAUGGAUACAUAUUUAACAAUCAAACGAAAUGUGUCUUUGCAGAUUUCAUGUCAAUAAGGCCACAUGUAGUUGCCAAAGCUUUCUUUUGAUGUGUCUUCGUCUGAGACAGGUGACCAAAAUUCCUGAUGCGUGAUAUCACAGCAUUUACUGUAAGUGCCAAACAGAGAGCGAAACUUCCCAUCUCUGCUCAGGCUUGUCGGGAGAUGGUUUUGGUUGCCAUAAAUAAAAUCAAUAUCUUCCUAGUUCAACUGAAAUGUACUGUGUGCUCGAUGUUUGGAAACAUCAAGAGAGUUUUUAGCAGACACAUGCAGAAUUUGAUCUGAAGAAGUGGCACUUUUCCAAGGUGCUUGUGAACCAAAAGUUGCAUUUUGUUAAAGAUUGAAUGGUUAAAGGCAACAUGAAACAUAACUUUUUCACAGUGCAAUUAAUCAUUUAUGCGGUUUUACCAUAAAUCACUUUAAUACAGAGUUCAGGUAUGAAACUCUAGAUGGUGCAGUCCGAUAGGUCGAACUCAGUCUGACCUAAUGACAUCAUUAUCACAUGGCACAGCUGAUUGGUUCUCUCCUGUAUCGGUAGCCAAUGAGCUCGCUGCUCAGCUUUCAAAUAUAUGACUAGGGCUUACCAUAGCAGUGCAGCUUGCAUUAGAAGCCCUCCACCUUCCCCAGCUCCACCUGUAUAGAUCUGCUACGAUGUGAUCAUGUAUUUUAUAUCGAGGUUAUUUCAUGUGUUAUAUUUGCAGCAGCAAUAUUUCUUACAUGCUCUUGGCAACAGCAGCGUAGCAGAUUUAUUCCGCCAAGACCAAAUACAUUAACACUGCCAUGUACAUUACCACGCCAAUCCCUCUGAGAGUUGUCACGCCAGAACUAUACUCAAAUGGGCUUCAAGCAAUGUUUCAUGCCAACUUUCAUGAGAGGUUUACAGUUUCAGUUCUAUAUUUAGAGUAGCAGUAUUAAUAUGAUCUCAAAGAUUUUUAGUUUAUGAUUUUAAAUCAUAAUGGGAACGCAAUGGAAGUUAUUUAAAAAAAAAUGCAAAGAGCAAAUAAAACAUUGUAAAGUUCUCAGAAAUGCAUAUUAUCAUAAAGAUUCAUCCAGCUUUAACUAACGAUUCAAUAACUACAGAUAGCAGUAGGAAUAUAAGAGAUAAAUGAAAAGACGAUUAUUGAAAACUCAAUUUGAAAUGUUUUCAAUGUCAAGUGCAGUGUCAAGUAAUCUCUGUUGUUCUGCUGUAAACACAUUGCAGUUUUUGAUGCAUUGUUGCCAAACGUUGCCUUUAUUUGUCUUAAUUGAGAACCCAUAGACAAAUAGCCAAGAUGAAACCAAGACAAACCGGCCUCAUUGGGACCUGUGGGAAUUCUGCCCUGUAGAUAAUCACCUCAAACACUAAAGCAUUGUGACAUCUUAGAUUUAAUCAGAAUAUACAAAUUAGAUUACACAAUGUAAGGCUUCAGAAUACAUUUGCACAUUGUUGUAAAAUAAUCGGCUAGCACUUUUUAAUCGUGUUAGAAUGUUUUUUUUCUUUCUUCUUCUUCUUGUGAUUUACAUACUGUAAAAUAAAUCAGAGAUUUAUUUUGUGAAGGCUGUUAUUUUGCUUAUAUGCAUAUAAAUAUAAAUACAUAUUGAUAUUUGUGUGUUAUAUUUUAACGUUUGAUGCUGUAUGUACUUUUGAUAAAGACGAUAAUAUGGAGUGGGAAUUCUUAGUGGAAUGCUGCAAAGCAUUCCGGGAGGCGUACGAGACAGAAAGCACACAAACUAUGUUUUAUUUGAAAUAUCAAGUGCUGCAGUCGUUAAAUGUUUUAGACUGUGUGUGUAACUCCAGUAUUUUCUGCUGACCACCCAGAAUCCAGCUCGAUUUGGUUUUCAUUGAACGUCUGAAUUGGAGAUGCAGUUUACCUUGUUGUUUUGGUUAUAAUUUAAUCUCUCACUGUAGAAAUUCCCAUAAACCAAUGGUUUAUGGUUUUAAGGAACACUAGAACAUUUCCUUAUAAAAACAACAACAACAAAAACACAUAUUCAGCUAUUUCCCCCACAUAUAUAUACGAAUGUCCAUUUUAGUUCCCUUCAUCAAUUCAUUUCCGUAGAGUUGAACAUGCCUUUAUGACUGUCUGUAGUGAGAAUAAAGGAUCUAAGUGCCCCUCAGACAUCUGAGGACUAACCUCUUCAAAAUUAGAGAUACUGGUUUACCAAAGGCCUUAAUCGUUAACCAUUUAGUCCAGUUUCAGUUAAAGGAAUAGUUCAUACAAAAAUUUCGAUGUAAAUGAGUUUGUUUCUUCAUCAGAACAGAUUUGGAGAAACUUAGCAUUACAUGGGUGCUGAAUGGGUGCCGUCAGAAUGAGACUCCAAACAGCUGGUAAAAACAUCACAAUUAUCCACAAGUACUCCACAGUCCAUGAAUUAACAUCUUGAAAAGUGAAAAACUGUGUUUGUGAGAAACAAAUCCAUCUAGAUGUUUUUAAAUUUGGUGUUGCGAUAGUGGGGCUGCGAUCCGCUCUUUGAACUCUUAUUCUAAUAGCACAAAUUUAGCAGCAUCAACAUGUAGGGUGGCCUUAGACUGAGUCGAUUUCGGGCUAAAGAAUGUGUCAAAUCAAUCACCAUUAGAAGAAUUCACUUCUUUCCAUCCAGAUAAGAGCCUGGGUUGGUCAGUAGAUUAAUUAUUCUAUUAAAUAGCGAUUACAUGUAGAAAUGUUUAUCUAGAAAAAAAAUAUGUUAAUAAAAUAAGAAAAAAUGUUUUAUGUCAUUUAUUGUGCUCUGCCAAAUGUUCUGGACAGUAUCUUUACACUGAAGGUUUGCUGAAUAUUUGUUAAGCUAUAGAGAGCAAAGAAUUCACAUCGUCCUUAAAGGGAACGGUGAACAGCACAGGAGAAUCACAGCUAAAUCAAUCUCAGAAUCAAUCUUAGUUACAGAUUCAGUAGAACCAAACCAUCAUCUAAUGAGAGAGUCCAAAGCUUCGGGUGACGAUACUGUCUUGAUUAUAAGCUCACUGACGUCUUUCAUUCUUGCGGUUUGUAACACACUGUGAUGUAACCAUUGUUGUCCAUUUUGAACUCUAACAGUAGUAAAGCUAAGGUAACUGUACUGUGUGUGCUAGUUUCCCAUCUAUCAGGACCCCUCUCAAGGGCUUCAUGUUCCACCACUGUGAUCUUGUGCUGAUCCACCUGCCCAAGUCUAAGCAACAAAUGGCAAUAAACGAACUCCAUGAAAUAA